CCGCGUCCCCGCGCCAUGGCCGUGCACUACUGCGGGCUGUGCCGUCGCACGGCCUUUACGGGCCGCCGGCACCGCUACAGCGCGGGGCACCGCCGUCGCCUGCAGGACGCGCUGGUCCGGCUGCAGGAGGCGGCGGCGACGGCGCGGGCGGCGGCGGCCGAUGUGGACGCGGCCGUGCGGCCCUAUGACCCAGCGGAACACGACGGGCGCUUCUGGUGCCCGUGCUGCGGGCGCGGCGUGCUGCGGGACGGGCGGCACGGGGGGCUGGCGCUGCCGCAGGCCGGGCUGCUGCGGCACCUGGCGGGGCCCGAGCAUCGGCGGGAGACGGCGCGGUUCUGGCGGGAGAACCGGGCGGAGGCGGCGCUGCAGGAACGGUGCCUGGUGCCGACUGAGGAGUACGAGCGGUUCGUGCGGGCGCUGGACCGGGCGCUGGCAGAGCACCAGCGGCGGGAGGAGGAGCGGAUCCGCCAGAUGGCGGCCGACAUCCGGGAGGCCGAGCGCCGGCAGCGGGAGACAGUGCAGGCCGCGCUCCAGCUUCAAACAGAGGCAGAACGUUGUGCAGGACCUUCUGUCUGCACCCCCCCCGCAGGACCUAAACGGGACACCCCUCACGACGCAGAGCAGCCCGGCCUGAGUGGGACGCAGACAGGACCUGACUUACUCUGGAUGGAAUCAGGACAGUCUCUGACCUUCAUUGGCCACCAAGAAACAGAAGGAAAAGGAAAUGUCCACACAGGAGCAAAACCUCCAUGGCUAACAGAAGAAGAGGAUGGAACCAAACAAGAGAUCGGACCUUCCUAUGAGGAAUUUCUCAGACAAAAGGAGAAGCAGAAGCUGAAAAAGCUCCCGGCAGAACGUGUUGGUGCCAACUUUGACCAUACCUCUCAGACAAGCGACAGCUGGCUCCCUUCCUUUGGGCGGGUUUGGAAUCAUGGCAGGAGGUGGCAAUCCAGGUAUCAAUUCAGAACUGAAUCAGGGGAAAAGAAGAAAAAAAAGGUGAUCAGAUGAAAAACACCAAAGAUGCAGCUCUGUUGUGGAAAGAUGGACUGUAGGUAGCUGCAGUUUUGUUGGUGCUGCUGCCAAGUUUAGGGUCAUGUUUAAUAUACAUUUAGCUGUGCUCGGUCCCCUGAAGGCAGGGUGACCUCAGUACUGUUACUGAGAGCUACACUAUAAGGACAUGCAGUGUCCAGCUACACAACACGUGUCCUGCCAGCAAGGACAGGCUCCUGAAGAUGCCAUAACUUCAUUAUCAGAAAGCCUAUUUUAUAAAACAGGUGUUGCCAGUGGCCUACACUGACAUGGAGUGUGACAUCCCCUUAAUGAAUUUUUUGAGAAAUAAAGGUUUUUUUUAAAAUGUU